ACGCACGCGUACAAAAAUCAUACGGCUAAACGAAUGGACGAACAGCAAUUCAUAUUCGUGAUCAACAAUAAAUAUCUGUAUUUGCAUUAAUGAGAAAACAGUGCAGUAAAACAAAAUCUAACAAAAAAGAAUUUAUAGUGUUUUGUUUUGAAAAAAUUUCAGUAAAAAAAAUACUAGGGUAUUUUCAAAGACAAUAGCUGUGAACCAUCGUCAAGAAACUUGACAAGUUUUACUACAUUUAGUGAAAUUUAUUUUCAAAAUGGCAGCUACGAGAAGAUUGCAAAAGGAACUUGGUGAUUUAAGAGCUUCAGCAAUGAAAAAUUUUACAAAUAUUCAAGUAGAUGAAUCGAAUAUUCUUACUUGGCAAGGUCUUAUAUUGCCGGAUAAUCCUCCAUAUAAUAAAGGAGCAUUUCGUAUUGAAAUAAACUUUCCUGCAGAAUAUCCUUUUAAACCUCCAAAAAUAAAUUUUAAAACAAAAAUAUAUCAUCCAAAUGUGGAUGAAAAGGGCCAAGUGUGUUUACCAAUUAUAAGUGCAGAAAACUGGAAACCAGCUACAAAAACAGAUCAAGUUGUACAAGCUUUGAUAGCAUUAGUGAAUGAUCCUGAACCAGAACAUCCAUUAAGAGCAGAUCUUGCAGAAGAAUUUUUAAAAGAUAGAAAAAAGUUUUUAAAAAAUGCAGAGGAAUUCACAAAAAAACAUGCAGAAAAAAGGCGGGAAUCAUCUUCUAAUGAAUAACCACGAGUGAUCAAUUUUACUCACCAUGAUGCCUGCCACCUGUCACCUAAUUUAAUUCAAACAAAUAUAGACUUCUCUGUUACAUGAAAAACAAGUUGAUUGAGAUACAUGUGUACAGUAUUGGUUAACUAUCGACAAUGAUAUUAUGUGCAAAUUGUAAUGUUUAUAAAGUGAAUUAACAAAUUUUUCAGAGUAAAGUAAAAGUAUAAUAAACUGUAUGAUAUUGUAUACAAUUUGUAUUUUGAAGUUGUAUUUUAUGGACAAUCCAUAUAAUUUUAAAAAGCAUAAAUAUGCAAAUUGCUCUUUUUUGUCUAAAGCAAAACAAUUUAUUGUGAAAAAAUAUAAUAUUAUAGAAUAAUGCAUUUAUUUCUAAUAUUAGAAGAUAUAUUAUGAAUAUGUCAUGUGAAGUUAUAGAUAAACUUUGGUUUAUAUCAAUUAAAUACAAAAUCAUUAAAUGAUUAUUGUAAAUGUAUAUAUAAAAUUUAGCUAAUUGCUAAAUUGAUUAUAUUAAUUUUGAUUGAAAAUAUUUUUCUUAUUACUAUGUUGAAAAUAUAAUUCCAUCUUUUAAAAAUAUAUAGAAACUUGAUAUUGUAUGAUUUGAUAUUAUAUUUGCAAAAUUACAAUUGAAUUACUUUGCAUGUAUCUUUAUUUUUUUGAAAUAACAUUAUUCUAUUAAAUAAUAAAUAAUGAAUUAAUAAUUUUAUUAAUUUGUUACUUUAUGUGAUAUAUUAUACUGUAGAAUAAUUCAACUGUAAACUCUGCAAUAUUGAUAUUAGCAUUUACAACAAUUUUAAAUAUAAUUAUAAAAUAUAAUAAAAAUUGUAUUUAACUC